AAAAUGAGUUCAAUACUCUCACUGGAGAAAUAUUAAAUGCAUUGAUGGCGACGGUUGUUUCUGCGUUUUUGCUCUGUCUGUGCUGGCUUAAAGUGGCCUCACAGUCCUGUGGCACAAAGACUGUUGGGAAUGCGGCGCCCGGCGGUUUCCAAGACAACCUUGACACUACUGCCACUGGAAUCGGGUAUCUAGCUAGCAGCUAUACGUUUGACUGUUGUGGAGUUAUUGACAAAUGGCAAGUUGUUAUCGGUGCUUUGGGCACAAUCAAGUUCCAAAUAUGGCGGCCAAAUGGAGCGAAUUACGAGCUUGUGGGCGAGAAUACCUACACUUUUAGCACAGAUCAAGUCAAUACGUUGUAG